AACCCAGUUUCCCAUAGACUCAAAUCCCCAUCUUCUGUGGCUGUGGAUGUUAUCAAAUUCACCAAAGCAAUGGCGAUUGGAAGGAUUGCUUUAGUUGCUUUGACGACAUUGGUUCUGGUUCUUAGCCUGGCCGAGAGCUUGGAGUUUCACGAAAAGGACCUGGCUUCGGAAGAAAGCCUCUGGAAGCUGUAUGAGAGGUGGAGGAGCCACCACACUGUUUCCCGAGACCUGUCGGAGAAGCACAAACGUUUUAAUGUGUUCAAAGAGAACGUCAACUACAUUCACAACUUCAACAAGAAGGAUGCCCCCUACAAGCUAAAACUUAACAAGUUUGCCGACAUGACAAACCAUGAGUUCAGGAGCUUCUACGCUUCCUCCAGAGUAAAUCACCACAAGAUGCUCCGAGGAAGCCGACGCGGAACUGGGGGGUUCAUGUAUGAGAAGGAGGACAAUCUCCCCCCAUCUGUCGACUGGAGGGAGAAAGGAGCAGUCACUCCUGUGAAAAACCAAGGCCAAUGCGGUAGUUGUUGGGCAUUUUCAACUGUGGUUGCAGUUGAAGGUAUAAACAAAAUCAGAACGAAUGAGCUUGUCACUCUGUCCGAACAGGAGCUGGUCGACUGUGACAAAACCGAAAACCAAGGUUGUAAUGGGGGACUAAUGGACUAUGCAUUUGAAUUCAUCAAGAACACUGGAGGGCUAACCUCAGAGGAGAUUUAUCCUUACAGAGCUGAAGAUGGGAGUUGUGAAGCAUCAAAGAAAAAUUCUCCUAUGGUGACAAUUGAUGGGCAUGAGAACGUCCCUGCUAACGACGAGGAUGCAUUGAUGAAGGCUGUGGCAAACCAACCUGUAUCUGUCGCCAUAGAGGCUGGUGGUCUCGACUUCCAAUUCUACUCAGAGGGGGUAUUCACCGGAUCCUGUGGCACGGAACUUGACCAUGGAGUGGCAAUUGUGGGCUAUGGAACGACUGUUGAUGGGACUAAAUAUUGGAUAGUGAAGAACUCAUGGGGACCUGAAUGGGGAGAGAAAGGCUAUAUAAGAAUGCAACGAGGUGUCUCUGCCAAAGAGGGAAUCUGUGGUAUAGCCAUGGAAGCAUCAUAUCCCAUCAAAUACUCUCCAAAUCCUGCUAAGACAUCCUCUCUCAAGGAUGAGCUCUGAAAGAAUUGAUCAUCAUCGCAUGUAAAAGUAAAACCCAUAAAUUUGACUCACAAAUCUGAUGCAUAUGUUAAGUCAUAUUAACAUCUUUGGUUAUGUAUCUUGUUAGUUUGUAAAUAAAGACUUUCAAUUAUUUGAAAGAAUGAACUGAACAUAUUCAGUUCCUUAUAAACAUAUGCCUUAGUUACA